AUGCGUAUCCUAACUCUUCGGAGCCUGCUAUUGGCCCCUGUCGCAUUAGGCUACGUGGUCAACGAGGGCACAACCUACCAAAUCUACCCAGAAGCUCUAACACAUAAUGGCCAAGCAGUAGACGAUGCACCGUCCAUCCAUCAAGCUUUUGACCUGUGCGGAAUCAACGGCACGGUGAUAUUCACCAACAAUACUUUUCACAUCAACUCGAUUCUCAAUACCACCAACCUGCUUAACUGUAACGUCUCCCUACGAGGCGAGUUGCGCUUUUCUACAAAUACCCCAUACUGGAAGUCUCACGUCUACUCGGUCAUAUAUCAAAACCAAUCUACAGCCUGGCUAUUUGGCGGAAUAAACACAUGGUAUACCGAAAACAAAAACCAGGCCAACCAACCCGGUCGACCCAUUAGUAUAACCUUCUACAACUCCACGAACCUUCUUGCAGACGGGCUCACUAUCUUCCAACCCCAAUUCUGGGCAACGCUUGUUUGGCAAAGUACCAACGUCUCACUAAGGAACUUCUACGUCAACGCAACAAGCAACGACGAAUGGGGUACGGUGAAUACAGAUGGCUACGAUUCGUGGCGGAGUAGCAAUCUCUUAGUGGAGAGUGCUACCAUCAUCAAUGGCGAUGAUUGUGUCGCUGCAAAGGGUAAUACGACGAACUUGUUGGUUCGACAUGUCACUUGCCAUGGCUCGGCAGGCAUGACUAUUGGGUCGAUUGGACAGUAUCCAGAAUGGCCUGAUUAUGUCGAGAAUGUGACUUUUGACGGUGUACGGUGUAUUAAUUCUUCGACGGGGGCUUAUAUCAAGACAUGGCAGGGUAUCCCUGUGGACCAGGAUUCGAACGGCGACGUUGGCGGUGGCGGUCUUGGUCUUGUCAAGAAUGUCACUUUCAAGAACUUUGAGAUGAUAAAUACCUCCUUGCCUAUCCAGAUAUCUCAGUGCAUGUACAGUGAGUCUAGCGGAGCGUGCAACACAUCCAAAUUGCAGAUUGAAGAUGUCUCCUGGGUGAACAUCACGGGCACAUCGAGGUACAAUGUUGUGGCUUCGUUAUAUUGUUCGGAUCCGGUACCUUGCCCAGGAAUCAUUUUUGAUAAUGUCACAUUCGAAUCAGUUAACCAUACCCUCGGAUUGCCGAUGUGGAAUACGACAAUGCAGGAUGAAGUUUAUCAAUGUGCUAAUAUUGAUGGUCAGAAUAGCUCUGGAAUUCCAUGCAACCGUGUUGCUCCUGAUAGUUUUGGGGGAGUCUCACAUAAUGUACAAUAA